GACGGCCCGGGAGCUAGUCUCGGGGCCUGACGGGAUUGUGGCGGUCCUCUCUUCCAACUAGAAAGCUACUGCUACCUCCAGACGCUCUCAAGAUGGCUACCUCUCUGGGUUCCAACACCUAUAACAGGCAGAACUGGGAGGAUGCGGACUUCCCCAUACUGUGCCAGACGUGUCUUGGAGAAAACCCGUAUAUCCGAAUGACCAAAGAAAAGUACGGGAAGGAAUGCAAAAUCUGUGCCAGGCCAUUCACAGUGUUUCGCUGGUGCCCCGGGGUUCGCAUGCGUUUCAAGAAGACCGAAGUAUGCCAAACCUGCAGCAAAUUGAAGAAUGUCUGCCAGACCUGCCUCUUGGACCUAGAAUAUGGCCUGCCCAUCCAGGUUCGUGAUGCGGGAUUAUCUUUUAAGGAUGACAUGCCAAAGUCAGAUGUCAACAAAGAGUACUACACGCAGAAUAUGGAGAGAGAAAUUUCUAACUCUGAUGGAACACGACCAGUCGGUAUGCUGGGGAAAGCCACAUCCACCAGUGACAUGCUGCUCAAAUUGGCCCGGACCACACCCUACUAUAAACGGAAUCGACCCCACAUUUGCUCCUUCUGGGUGAAAGGAGAAUGUAAGAGAGGAGAGGAGUGUCCAUACAGACAUGAGAAACCUACAGAUCCAGAUGACCCCCUUGCUGAUCAGAAUAUCAAAGACCGAUAUUAUGGAAUCAAUGACCCUGUGGCAGAUAAGCUUCUAAAGCGGGCUUCAACCAUGCCUCGUCUGGACCCACCAGAGGACAAGACCAUCACCACUCUAUAUGUUGGUGGUCUGGGAGAUACUAUUACUGAGACAGAUCUAAGAAAUCACUUCUACCAGUUUGGAGAGAUUCGGACAAUAACUGUUGUACAGAGACAGCAGUGUGCUUUCAUCCAGUUUGCCACAAGGCAAGCUGCAGAAGUGGCUGCUGAAAAAUCCUUUAAUAAAUUGAUUGUUAACGGCCGCCGGCUCAAUGUGAAAUGGGGAAGAUCCCAAGCAGCCAGAGGAAAAGAAAAAGAGAAGGAUGGAACCACAGACUCUGGAAUCAAGCUAGAGCCUGUUCCAGGGCUGCCGGGAGCUCUUCCUCCUCCUCCUGCAGCAGAAGAAGAAGCCUCUGCCAACUACUUCAACCUACCCCCAAGUGGUCCUCCAGCCGUGGUGAACAUUGCCCUGCCACCACCCCCUGGUAUUGCUCCACCACCACCCCCAGGUUUUGGACCACACAUGUUCCACCCAAUGGGACCACCCCCUCCCUUUAUGAGGGCUCCAGGACCAAUCCACUAUCCCUCUCAGGACCCUCAGAGGAUGGGAGCUCAUGCUGGGAAACACAGCAGCCCCUAGCACAUUAUCACCAUGCUUGGGUUCUACGGAAGAAAGGGCGCUUAAAAAAUGCCAGUAAAUGGAUCUUGGAAUAAAUAUAUUUUUUCUUCCUUCUUAGUUUUCAUGGUAGCUGAAUGUGUUCUGAUGUGGGCAGUCAGAGAACUACAGCCAUGCUUUCCUACAUGUAUUCAAAGGACUGAUGGACCUCAAAUAAGCUGCCAUUAACACAUCUGGUUACUACACUCACAUUACUAAUAAAACCUAAUGCCUGCUCCCCUUUCCUGUAUGGGAGACAAGUGACUGGAUGAGUUGGAAUGUCCAACAGAGUUACAUCCCAAUUAUAUGUUUAUUUUUUAUCUUUAUUUUGGAAAAAAAUUGACCUGCAGUAAAAAAAAAAAAAAAAAAUCUUUUGACCAUUUUUAUGUCCAUUUGGAUAUUUUCCUUUUUAUCAUCUAAAAAAAAAAGAUUACUAAUUCUAAUCAUUGUAGUGGCAUGAGUGUGAUUGAACUCUUCUGAAGUCACACCCUUGGAAAAACAAAUAGAAAGCAGCACCCAGCAUCGCCCAGAUCUUUUUUUUCCUUCUUCUUCUUUUCCUCAUUUCUUAUAAAGGAAUCUGGCUGAUAGUUUUACUUCUCUACGCCACCAAAAAGACAAAAAAAAAAAAUUUUUUUUUAUUUCUGUCAGUCAGACAGAAACACAAAUUCCGUGGAGCUGUAUAUCAUCGUAUAUCAUCGUAUAAGCCUGGUGUCUGGAAUGAAAUUAUUUUAAAGAACUUCCUGUAAAACACUUUAACAAACUGAAACAAAAAGCGUUGGAUAGUGUUUAAAUGGAAGACUUGUGACUUACAGCCAGAACUUUGAUCUCCAGCAUUCACCUUCGUGUGUCUUCAGCGUCUCAUUUUAAUUCCUUGCUCCUGGGCAGGGGCUUAUUUUGUCGGUCUUAAGAGUGUUUGGAUAUAACUGAAUUAUAGAUGGUAAAGGAAAUGUGAUGUGUUUGUGUUGUGUUUUGUUUUUAAAUGAUUAAAAACGGGUCAAUUUUCCAAA